CUUUCUUGUGGAGUGACCUUGGACUAAUCGCUGGUAAACUGCCCUCCCCCGAACUCCCACUUCUAUUUUCCAUCUGAAAAGUGAGUUUUCACAACAGAGGUCGGAGUGAAAAACCUAACAAUGUGCUUCUUCUGGCUCCAGGCAGCCUCAGCUACGUGCUCCUUAGGACUGGCCGCGCCUGUGAGUUGCAGACGUAACAAUUCAUCGAACUCGGGCGUCUGCGUUCAUUGUUUGCUCUCACUAGUUGGACGGGUGUGCAGUUAAAAUGGGGUGGCUGCUCUAGGAAUCUGGCCCCUAAGGAGAUGCCGGGGUAUGGGGGGGCAGAAGGGACAGAACGUGGGCCGUGUCCUCGAGGGAGGGGUCGCUUUUGACAGAGCACAGGGUCUGCCAUUCCAGUUGUUCUCUCGUUCAGCCCAUGGGAAAUUGUUGGUCAGAUCUGGAGAUUAGAGGAGAUGCCCACUGAACGGGCAGGGUCAGGUCUCCGGUUUUCCAUUUCCUCAGCAGUAUUCGCAGAGAUUUUCAUAGGAGCCCGUGGCUUGAUAAAUAUACGUGUUAACACACAGCCUCUUUGUUUCUGGAGAAUUUUGGUUCUUGCUCUCAGACUUGGGUAGACGGAGGUGACUGAGAGGAUAGGAGACCACGGAAACCAGGUACUGGAGGACCGGAGGCCAGUCUGAGCCGGACCAGAGUGGACGGAAGACAUCUUAAGUUCCCAGAGAAGUGUGAAGGGAGAGUAUGGCUGUGACAAAAGGAUGAAGAUGUCUUAGAGGAAGUGAUUCUGGCAGAAGUCUUCACACUAAAGGAACUCUCUCAAAAAUAUGUCAUGACAUUGGAAACAUGAAGGAAUAAAUAUUGGAAAUCUAUCCAAACUUAUAAAGCAGCAUGACAGUUCUCCAGGGCAUAGGAAAGCUGUCUUAACUUGAACAUUUGAGUUAUACUGAUGUGGCCAAAACUCCCCCAGGUAUACCUCCAGGAUUCUUUUCGGAGCAGAUUCAUCAGGAUGAGCAUGCCAGCCCCACCCAGACUUCUGGACCUGGCAGGUCAGAGCCUGCUGAGGCACCAGGCCUCAGCCAUUGCCGCUCUGGAAGUGCUGCCUAUGGAGCUCUUCCCACCACUGUUCACGGCGGCCUUUGCUGGGAGAUACAGCGAGAUUCUGAAGGUGAUGGUGCAGGCCUGGCCCUUCGCCUGCCUCCCUCUGGGGGCCUUGAUGAAGGAGCAGCAGCCCCACCAGGAGACCUUCCAAGCUGCACUCGAUGGCCUUGAUGUCCUGCUUGCCCAGGAGGUUCGCCCCAGGAGGUGGAAACUGCAGGUGCUAGAUUUACGGAAGAAUGCUCAUCAGGACUUCUGGACUGUGUGGUCUGGGACGAGGGCCAGUAUGUAUUCCCUGUUGGAGCCAGAGGUGGCCCAGCCCAUGAAGAAGAAGCGAAAAGUGGAUGGAUGCAAGCCAGGGCCCAAGCCACCCUUGGCUCCUGUGGAGGUGCUGAUAGACCUUUGCCUCAAGGAAGGUACCCCUGAUGAGUCCCUUGCCUACCUCAUCCAGAAAGUCCAGCAGAGGAAGGGUCUGCUGCACCUGUGCUGUAAGAAGCUGAAGAUUUUCGCAAUGCCCAUACAGAACAUCAAGAAGAUCCUGAAAAUUGUACAGCUGGACUCGAUCCAGGAUUUGGAAGUGAAUUGCACCUGGAAACUGUCCACACUGGGGAAGUUUGCUCCUCAUCUGGGUCAGAUGGGCAAUUUGCGCAGGCUCCUCCUCUCGCACAUCCACAUGUCUUCCCACACCACCCCAGCGAAGGAGGAGCACUGCGUCAACCAGUUCACUGCUCAGUUCCUCAGGCUGCACCACCUUGAGGAGCUCUAUUUGGACUCUAUCUCCUUCCUGGAAGACCGUCUGGACCAGGUGCUCAGCUGCCUGAAGACCCCCCUAGAGACCCUGUCAAUAACUAAUUGCCUGCUUUCGGAAUCUGACUUGACAAAUCUGUCCCAGCACCUGAACGUCAGUCAGCUUAAGGACCUGGGUCUCAGUGGGGUCAACCUGACCAAUAUGAGUCCUGCACCUCUCCAAGUUCUGAUAGAGAGAGCCUCCGCCACCCUCCAGGACCUGGACUUAGAUGAGUGUGGGAUCAUGGACUCCCAGUUCACUGUCAUCCUGCCUGCUCUGGGCCGCUGCUCCCAGCUCACAACCUUUAGCUUCUGUGGAAACCCCAUCUCCAUGGCUGUCCUAGAGAACCUGCUGCGCCACACCAUCGGUCUGAGCAAGCUGAGCCAUGUGCUGUAUCCAGCCCCCUUGGAGAGUUACGAGGAUGUCCGUGGCACCCUUCACCUGGGCAGACUUGCCCAGCUGCACGCCAGGCUGAAGCAAAUGCUGCAGGAGUUGGGGCGGCCAAGCAUGGUCUGGUUUAGUGCCAACCCCUGUCCUCACUGUGGUGACAGGACCUUCUAUGACCCAGAGCCCAUUCUGUGCCCCUGUUAUAUGCCUGCUUAGCUGGAUAUACACAUAUCAUAGGCUUUAUUCUGGGCACAGAAGCCCAGGUGUAAGUGUAUCUUAAAGGAGCACGGAAGCCACAGUUUGAGAAAAUCUGCCCCAUGUGAGUAGGAAAAAGAAAGGUGAUUCAGGGGGCGGGGGGGAUGUUGACUUGGGAGUUAACAGGAUCUUUGGAGAGAUGCAUCUUCUAGCAUUAGAAAUAUGAAUCUGAAUUUCUAGAGGGAGAUUCGGGUUUGGGCGGUAGAUGUGGGAGUUACCCCUGCCUACAUGGUUGUAAAGACAUGGUCCAAAAUAAAGAGAACCUCAGUGUCAACCAUAUGGUGUCCUCUGAGCUCCAUGAACCA